AUGGCAAUGCAGAUACUCCAGUAUGAUGUGCUCUGGAUUCAAUCGAUACCCUCCAUUGCCAACCUUUACUAUUACAAGUAUCUGAGAGAGACACAUGCCAUCCAUUGUCCAGACAAGGAUCUCCCUAUUCGUGCAGUGGCUCGAAGCAUCAUGAGCACCAUAAGAGUUAAUCAGACAAAGAAGGUUGCAUUAUACUUUGAGCAGCCUUGCUCAGACACUAAGCGAAGAUCCAUCUUUGACUAUAUUUUAAAGCACAUGCCAGAUUUAACUUGCUUCUGUGUAUCAAUACCCUGCGCAUCAUUGCAGCCAAGCUUGUUAUUAGGCUGGUCUGCAGGAUUGACAAAUAGCCAUUGGAAACAGCUCUGCUCCGGGACGUACAAUCCAGAAGCAUGUGUGCCAUUUCAACCACCCACAACAAAAUCAGGACAGUCGGCUUGCAACGAUUUUGGAGCCAUGUUUGCCAUGUCAGCGUCGAUAUUCAACAAGGAGGCUCUGUUUGUUCAUUUCACCCACCAUUUGCUGUCAUUUGACGCAGAUCAAGGUUUGAUUUUAUCCGAGAAUGCGGAAAACGCGAUCCAAGGCUGGAUCGAAGCCUCUCCGCAUCAAUUCAGAACGCUUAUAUGGAUCAUUGAUGAAAAAAAGCUCUAUGGAGAUGCCAUCUAUAAUACCAAUCAAAAUGGGCGAGUUAUACUAUUAAAAAAGUACAGGCAGAUGGUAUCCGACAAAAUGGAAUCAUUCAAUACUACCAUCCCUAUUUACUGCUAUAUACUGGACUACUUUCACACUACUAGCUUAGACUUAUUACAAAGCUUGGCGCAAUUGCAACAUCGCCACAACCUCAACAUUGCAGGUUCUACGCUACUCACAUGGUCGAAAAAAGAGACCAAAUCAUUAGACCAUCACAGUUUCUAUACCCUGAAUUGCAUCUACCUCCAGCAAAAGCCGUUAUUCAACAUAUCCAAGUGGAAAUACUUGCACCAAUCUUUAGAGACCACAUCUUUGAAAGACAAGUUGAAAUAUGUGAAUCCAGAUAUACUACAACUCGAGGACGACCUAGCGAAUGCAUACAGAGUGCCCUUAUUGAAGAGCGCAGACAAUGGCCUGCCACUGACGAAAUCAGAAGAAAUCACAUUUGAUAUUCGACACACCGUAUCUGCCAAGACAGUGGAGGUAUUUGAUAGAUGGGCAAACGUAGGCUUACAGCAUGACCUGGUGCAUAUCACCGUUCAAGAUACUAUUCCAUCCUCUUCAAAUGAUGCUGGCGUGCAGCCAUGCAAGGCCAAAGAGAAGCCAGAUGAAGGCGCCGUCCACAAACAAAUGUUACAAGAUGUCAUUUGUAGCUUGACAAAAAGAAAGAUCAGUGCAUUCAUCGGCAAUGCAGCCUACAUUGAACGUGGACUCGAAUUAAAGCAUCAAGUCAGCCAACUGUCAGUCGGCAGCAUAAAAGACGACAAAGUCCAGGUGCAAAUGAUGGGAAGCUUACCCAUUGAGAGUUCGUCUGGUUUCAUCACAUCUACCAUCUUUUUCAGUAAACAAGACGACACGUAUACCUUGCUCAAAGCAAAAUGCACAUGUCCUAUUGGCAAUUGGGGAAAUUGUAAGCAUUGUGCAGCUGUCAUGCUUCAUGCGCUGGAUCAACGUGUGCGCACGCAACCACAACAGCAACAGCGGCAUGAAGAGCAAGAACCCUCAUCACCAACGUCACCCUUGCUGACGAAGCGCUCUUAUGAUGCAAGCGAAGAGGAUAAUGACAGCAGCUCAAAUGAAAGCAGGAAAAAGGCAAAUUCAAGCGUUGAAAGCAACGCAUCGACAUCUACAGUGGCAUACGACCCCAACGCGCCUCCAUCGGCAACGACAUCACAUUCUACAGAUGAAGAGGGACCAACCUUACCAAGCUUCGUGUCAAAUGUCUCUCCUAUAUCCAACGCUUCACUACGAUCCGUCAGUCUUUACAACUCGAGCAAUGAGAGAUCCUCGCAUUCUCAAAACUCGCUGAGCAGUAGUGUUAAAGAGAUUAUAUCUCUUUCUUCUUCAAACAGCUUAUCGGAUAACCAGCAAUUGCGAGAGUCGCUGCAACAGAUUCAAGAGAGCCACCAUGAAGAAGAAGAAGAAGAAGAAGAAGAAGAAGAAGAAAGCCUAGAAAUCAUAGAACAGGCACACCUCGACCUGCAGGCACCACCAACAGACGCUAACGUUAUAGAUCAGACUUACAUAAUGCCGACAAAAGAACAGCAAGAACGGCAAGAACCAAACAGCCUGGCCAAUGACCAAGACAUGAAAGCUAAACAUUACAGCGACGUCAACAACGAGGACGACAAAGACGAUAAUGAUGAUGAGCUCCCAGAGACUCAACCCUGCUUUUAA